AUGCCGGAGACCGCCACGACGCUCGCAAUUGUAUCUUCGGCCUCCACCGUCGGCCUCGCGCUCUACGCGCUGAAGCUGCGCGUAGAGCUGGCGGCCUCCGCGGCCGGCAAGAAGACGGUCAAGACCGUGACAAAGACGACGGUGCGCAACGCCAGCGGCGACAAGCUCUGGACGGCCGAGGAGCUCAUCGCCGAGCGCCGCAGCAUCUUCCCGCCCGACUACGACAGCUCGCGCCAGGUGCCGCGCGCGGUGCUCGACAAGAUGCUGGAGAGCGCCAACUGGGCGCCCACGCACGGCCGCACGGAGCCCUGGCGCUUCGUGGUGUUCGAGUCCCCCGAGAAGCGCCUGGAGCUCGGCGAGCUGCUCGCGGGCGUGUACAAGAGCAAGGUGCCGGCCGACAAGUUCCUCGAGACCAAGUACAAGAAGAUGGUCUUCAACUGCACGGCCUCCUCGCACGUCAUCGCCAUCUGCAUGAAGCGCCAGAAGAGCGGCAAGAUCCCCGAGUGGGAGGAGAUGUGCUCCGUGGCCUGCGCCGUGCAGAACAUGCACCUCGUGGCCACCGCGCACAACGUCGGCGCCUACUGGAGCUCAGGCCCGCCGAUCACCAUGUCGCAGGAGAUGAAGGACCACCUGAGCCUCGGCGAGGAGGACAAGUGUCUGGGUCUGUUCUACGUCGGCGUGCCCAAGGAGGGCGCCAAGAUCGCCAAGGGCGCGCGCAAGCCCAUUGCCGAGAAGGUCACGUGGUUGGCUUAG